AUGGCAAGCAUUACCAACACCGUCAAUGAGGGUAAAUGGGGGAAGGAAACGGAAAAGCAGCUCGGCGUCGAAGACCUCGAAUCGUGGAGAAACGAGAUGUACGUGAACACGAUUCCAUGGGAAUACGACCGGUUUCGUGAGCUUUUGGAGAGGUAUAGCAAGAUCCCUCCGAACGAAGUUGAAGCGGAGAUAUUCAAAAUUCGGAACGAAGCUUGGGGACUCGUCAAGUAUCCCUGCAUCGGUCACUUCACCUAUGUGAAACUCCCCGAAUUCGGCGGUGACGACAUAGAGAUGCAAAAGGCUAUCGAGCGCCUGAGGGCGCCCGACUCGCAAGACGCCUUUCUGGAACUCGGUGGUUUCAUAUUCCAGACGAUCCGGCGCCUCGUCUUCGAGGGCGUCGACUCCACCCGCUUGUAUGGAACCGACCUACACGCCGAGUUCAUCGAGUUAGGGUACAAGCAAUUUCGCGACCGCGAAACACUCAAAGCUACUCUUGUGGCAGGGGACCUACUACUCCCGAACGAAGAGUACGCGGGUAGCGAGUUAGCCUGCACUUUCGACGGGAAAAUCAGCGUUGCCCACGCAUCUAAUUUCUUCCAUCUGUUCAGCUGGGAGUCGCAGCUCGUCAUCUGUGAGCGUAUUAUCCAUUUUUUUCGGCGCGAUCUAAGCGCGAAACAUCCGGCCGUGCUAUUCGGGUCACAUAUGGGUAGUUGUAAGCCGGGAAAGACAGAAUUUUUUGGGACUUUCUUACAUGAUGAGAUGACGUUCCAGUUGCUGUGGGACACGGUUGGAGAAAGGACGGCUACGCGCUGGAAAGUGGAAAUGCAGAUCGUGGGGGCCGCCACCUCAAAGCCGAACGCUUACGGCAAAGAUGCGAGAAUGGUGCGUUACGUUGUGAGUCAGGUGGCGAGUUAGAGAAGUACGGUAGUCAAACGGCCUGACAGCUAGGUAACACGGCAGCCGUACCAUUUAUAUAGCAUUUGAAUACCUAGGUGUCGGUGGAUAGGGAGGUAGGUAACCACGCAUGAAUGCGACACAGGAAUAAGGCAAUAUAUACCGAGGCACCUACCUACAUCCUUCAAUUGUAUAGGUGGUACGGUUGUGAGGCGCAGCAAUAUGUCGGAGCUGAUCCUCUAGUGCUACCACACUCUGUGUGUGCAAGUGGCCGAGUCGGUGAUCUACCCGUCUCAUCCGAACCUGGAAGUUAUUCCGUAGACUCAAUCGGCAUCUCUGCCUUGGAGCCCUACGGUGGUACCAUGGAGGUUGAAAGCUGAGGCACAAAAAUAGCUCUUCCUCUAGCCUUCGGUGGCCCCUAUGCGUGCUUGAUCGUCGGUCACUCUGUACCUAGGAAAUAAAAGAA